UAUCUCCUCUUCAGAAGCCGUUCUUCCUCUUCUAUCUAUCACCGGAACAUAAAUACACUCACAGCAGCGCUAAGAUAAAGAGGGCUGGGCUUGUUCCGUAACCCACUCAGCUCUCAGACCUUGAGCUUCAUAAUGGCACCUCAGGUCACUGACCGGCCUCAAAGGUUCCUGCUGAUCCCCUCAUCGCUCUCCACCAUGAUCCUGUACCUGCUGCUCUUUCCUGUUCUUAUCCUAGGUAUUGUGGAAUCACAAACAGCUAACAUGACAGAGGACGAGUUGGGCAAAGUUGAGGGGAACCAAACAUUCAGCGAGUCCACCGCUGACAAGAGUCCAAUGAAACCCGGCAACGUGACGUCCAGUUUGUACAAAGACGAGACGAGUCAAAUUGAGGAUGAACUGCAGAACAACCAAACAUCUACGGUCCUCUCAGAGGAUGACGAGAAUUUUCAGGACCAGGAAAAUGAGUUCCCAGCCAGACAGUGCCAGCAUAACUUGCUGGUAGAGUACAGUCACAGUUAUUGUGGUAAAGCUUUUCACAUGGAAAUGCAGUCCAUCAGCCCAGAAAACUGGUGCGUCCUGGAAAAGAUCAUCAGACCAUACAACGACAUGACGGUAUGCUUGGAGAAGCUGUCUGAUAUUGUCAACUGCUAUUACCCAAACCCCAACAUUCAAGACUUCUUCCUCUACAUCCACUCCUACUACUUCCAGAACUGUUCUAAGGAGGAGCUUCUGCUUGUGGAUGCACCUCAAGGGGUGGUGAUCGCCCUCACGCUCAUCCCUGUGAGCCUCAUCCCUGUCCUGGUGUAUCUGGUUGUUUGGAAAAGUAAGGUCCACGAGUGAGUCGUGUUAGACCGGCACCGUCAUGCUACAAUAAACAUCAGCUCAGAAACUGAGUUGCUCCAGAAAACCGCUUUGUAUCUUUUUCGGAGAAAAAAAUGUUAUAAUCCAGUCUGGUGGGAAAAUAAAUGGUGAGUAAAUUAUGAAAUGAGGACAGCAACCAUAAAUCUAAUUGUGGGUGAACUAAAUCUCAGUUAAAAAUGUUUUUAUAUGUGUUUCACUGAGUAUGCAAGGAAUAGUUUGACAUUUUGGGAAAUAUGCUUAUUCACUUUCUGGCAGAGAGUUAGAUGAGAAGAUUUAAACCACUAUCAUGUCUGUCCGUUAGUUAUGAAUCUAAAGCCAGCAGUGGGUUAGCUUAGCUUAGCACAAAGACUGGAAACAGUGGGAAACAAUUAGCCUGGCUCUAUCGGAAGGAAACAAAAUCUGCCUAGCAGCACCUCUAAAGCUCACACACGUUAUAUCUUGUUUGUUUAAUCUGUACAAAAUCCAAAGGGGGUUAUAUGUGCAUAUUAAACAAAAUGUUAUUUUUACACACUACAAUUUUUGUACGGAUUAAACAAAAGGGAUACAACUUGUUAAUUAAUGAGCUUUAGAGGUGCUGGUAGGUGGAUUUAGUUACAUUGGGACAGAGCCAGGCUAGCUGCUCCCCCUGUUUCCAGUCUUUAUGCUAAGCUAAGCUAACUGUCUGCUGACUGUAGCUUCAUAUUUAACAGACAGACAUGGGAGUGGUAUCAAUCUUCCCAUCUACCUCGCUGCGAGAAAGCGAAUAAGUAAGUAUUCUCAAAAUGUCGAGCUAUUCCUUUAAGUAAUACAGUGUUGGCUGCAGCGCAGAUAAACAGUGAAGCAAUCGUAGCCAUUUAAAAAAAAAAGAAAGUAUGAAUAAGAAAGGAGAAGUUACAUAAUCCUUAAGACGUGAUCUUUAAUAUUUGGUGUCUCAUCCUUUAUAAAUGUCUUUGACCUACAGACAUCAGCAGAUACUUGGUAAACUACAUGGCCAAAAGUAUGUGGACACCCAAACAUGACACCCUAAUGUGAUUGUUGAAUAUGUCAUUUCCAACCAUGGGCAUUAAUCUGCCGCUAUGACAGCCUCCACUCUUCUGUGAAGGCUUUCUUCCAGAUUGUGUUUUUAAUCAAACCUCUGCCAGUUAGUGAUCCAGUUCAUCCCAGAGGUGCUGGAUGGGGUUGAGGUCAGGGCUCUCUGCAGGCCAGUCAAGUUCUUCCACGCCAAACUGGUAAAACCAUUUCUUUAUGGAGCUGCUUUGUGCUCGGGGGAACUGUCACGUUGGAACAGGAAAGAGACAAAAACAAACUGUUGUCGCAAAGUUGGAAGAGCUCUGUUGUCUAAAAUAUCAUUGCAUGCUGAAGCAUUAGGAUUUCUCUUCACUGGAACUCAGGGGGCUGCAGGCUGUGAGCACUGAAAAUCAGAACUUUUAACCUCAUAAACACAGAUUUUUAAAGCCGGUAUGCUGGAGUACAGCCAAAACAGGAGAAAUACAUCAAUUUCCUAAUACUUUCUGACUACAAUGUACUUUAUAUACUGAACACAGGCAGGCUGAAUCACAUCUUUGGCCAAUCACCUCACUGAAAUACCUGUAAAUGUAAAUGUAUGAUAUUGGGAAUUGCUAUUUUCAGUAAAUAAAGUCUGGAAUAUUU